GAUUUUAUAAGUUGGAGGAAUCUUGUAUGUUAUUGAGAAUCUUGUAUCUUUUAUAUAAGCAUUUAACAUAAAAUGAUGUGAGGCACUUACAAUUCAAGACUGAAGCAUAAAACUUUGAGACGAUAAAAUUUUAUAAAUGAGAAUAUGUUUUCUCAAUGCACUCUGAUUCUACUCAUUGAAUUUCAUACUUAUAUUGCUUAUUAUUCCGUUCGAAUAUCUUAGUAACAAAUAUAUUCUGUAGCCUCCAUUGAUGGAAGGACACUUAAACUUAACAUCUCCCAGUCGUUAGACAUAUAUUUGGUAUUGAAUGGUUCAUGUUAAUGCUGCCAAGAGUGACUUGAUGUAAAAUAAUUUUGGUUACCACAAAGUGAUCUAUAUAAAGAAGUGACUGCUUGAACAAGAAAACCACAACAAACAACGUUUCCAAUUUCCAUAUUUUCUUUUACUGUUUUUUCAUCAGCACCAUGACUAGAAAGAAGGUAAAGUUGGCAUUCAUAGCCAACGACUCAGCUAGGAAGGCAACAUUCAAGAAGAGGAAGAAGGGUCUAAUGAAGAAGGUUAGUGAACUUAGCACCCUUUGUGGGAUUGAUGCAUGUGCAAUUGUUUACAGUCCCUAUGAUCCUCAACCCGAGGUUUGGCCAUCCCCGAUGGGGGUUCAAAGGGUGCUUGCUAAGUUCAGGAGAAUGCCUGAAUUGGAGCAAAGCAAGAAGAUGGUGAACCAAGAGAGUUUUCUGAGGCAGAGAAUCAUGAAGGCCAAAGACCAGUUGAAGAAACAAAGGAAGGAUAAUAGGGAAAAGGAGAUGACUCGGCUCAUGUUUCAGUACCUUAGUGCAGGUAAGAUUAUGCACAAUAUAAGCAUGGUUGAUUUGAAUGAUUUGGCAUGGUUGAUUGACCAGAACUUGAAGGACAUCAACAGAAGGAUUGAGGUGUUGACUAAGAAUGCUCAAAGUCAACCGCAAAUUGCAGCACCAGCGGUGACUGAUGUUGUUGCCAAGGUUGAAGACAAGGGACAAGGGAGUCAGCAUGGCCAUCAGGGGUUUGAUAUCAACAUGGAUCUCAUGCAGAAGCAGAAUUGGUUCAUGAAUUUGAUGAAUAAUGGUGGUGGUGGUGGGAAUGAGGCUAUGCCUAUUGUCGGAGAUGUUAAUCAACAAAAUGGCUUUUGGCCUAAUCCUUUUUUCCAUUGAGAAAUGUCACGUGCUUGGUUUGAUGUUUAGCUAUCAUGGCACGAAAAUAAGUGACCAUGGAUUCAUUCAUGGUCUAGGAGUCGCAUGUUUAUUUCUUUGUUUCACCACUAUGUAUAUAGCUUGUUAAGAAUGUUUACUUUUCAAUAAGGGCCGUUGAGUAGAAUCAAUACCCUUUUGGUGUGGCUGUUUAUUUGAAGAUUUGGUAUUCACUAAAAUGAUGAGAUAUUAUUGAUUUGAA